AUGCAUUUGAACGACACACCUGGCUGCAUCAGCACCUUCACGCAAGGGUGUUCUGCCUGCAUUAGUCACCAAUUCUCUCUCCCUGCCCGCAAUAAAACCCCUCCCCCCAAACCCCCGCCCCCACCUACCUCCUCGCCACCACCCCUCAUCACUAUUCCUUACCCGGGAUAUACCACUCGAACUUACGUUCUAACCUCAACACCCCUCAACACCCCUCACCAUCCCUCACCACCCCUCACCACCCCUCACCACCCCUCACCACCCCUCACCAACCCUCGCCACCCCUCACCAACCCUCGCCACCCCUCACCACCCCUCAUCACCAUCCCUCACCUGGCUUGAUGCUGGAGAGAGGGGAGGGGACGCAGGGAAGGCGACGGAGGGAAAAGGGAAGAACGGCAAGGCGACGGAGGGAAAAGGGAAGAACGGCAAGGCGACGGAGGGAAAAGGGAAGAACGGCGGCAAGGGGACGGAGGGAACAGGAAAGAACGGCAAGGGGACGGAGGGAACAGGCAAGAACGGCAAGGGGACGGAGGGAACAGGCAAGAACGGCAAGGCGACGGAGGGAACAGGCAAGAACGGCAAGGCGACGGAGGGAACAGGCAAGAGCGGCAAGGCGACGGAGGGAACAGGCAAGAGCGGCAAGGCGACGGAGGGAACAGGCAAGAGCGGCAAGGCGACGGAGGGAACAGGCAAGAGCGGCAAGGCAACGGAGGGAACAGGCAAGAGCGGCAAGGCGACGGAGGGAACAGGGAAGAAGGGAAGCAGUGAGCGCGCUGACUGCUGCCUGGUGUAG